AUGGCGACACUUUCCCAAAGCCAGGUCAAUCUGGAAAAUGACCCUUGUCAACAGGGCGGGAAUGAUCAGAGCAAUUCAUUACAGCAAAGUGAUGCUCCCAAUUUGCAUAUAGCAAUUCCAAAAUCGACGGAUGGUGACGGAUUAAUGGAUAGCCUUGGAUCGGAUUCAGACCUCGCGUCACUGGAAGAAAUCCCAGACUCGACAGAUCGUAAUGUAUUAAUGGAUAUCCUCGGGUCGGAUCCGGAGUUCGCGUCACUGGAAGAAAUUCCAAACUCGAUGGAUGAUGAUGAAUUAAUGGAUAUCCUUGGGUUUGAUCCGGACCUCGCGUCAUUGCCAGAAAUCCCAAGCUCGACGGAUGCGGAUGGAUUAAUGGAUAUCCUCGGGUCGGAUUCUGACAUUGAGUCACUGGAAGCGGAAGUCAGAGCUUUUGACGCCGUUGUUAAAGAUUUUCUUCAGACACGGCAUGGGUCAUAA